UUGGACGCUCAACCAAGACAGACGGAAAUUUAUACGGUGUGAACUUUUUUUUUCGGUAAUUUCGAAUUCAAUUCGUGCAAGACAAAGUAUGAAUUUAGUGUACGCAAGCAAUUAACACUUGGUGUGAUUCAAUACGCAGGAGCGAAGAAAGGCGAAUCGUUUACAAUUUAACAUGCGUACAAUUUGUUUAUAGCCCAAAUUUCUUUUAAGAAGACACGAAGAAAAGAAAUAACGAUCGAGUUACGAACUAAGUGUGAAAUCGAAGUGGACAUCCAUCAACACUUCCACGCAUAUAUACUAUUGUUUUCCGACAAAUGCAGUGUGUUAAAUAAAACCUUUUAUUUUUCUUACCACAAACGAAGAUUGUACGAGUGAUUCGCAGUGACUUGUAAAUUGUAUUGCAAUAAAUAAUAAUUAAAGUGAUAACGACGACGGAAAGCAAUUACAAACAAGAACAAAAUCUGAUCCAAAGUAAAGAUAUUGAGUGCAGAGAAGAAAAAAAAAUUAGAUAGAAGCAAUAGCAGUAGCAGCAGUAGCGACUCGAAAGAAAAUUCAUAAGAAAUCACAGAGUUAAAUUAGAAUGCCACUGUCUUUGAAUCAUAACAAAAGUGAAUCGAAACGUAACCGUAAUUUAAACAUGAAUGCAAGUGGUGAUUUACUGAGAACGAUGCAGCUGGUGAUUUUGAUUUUUAUUUCAACGGUGUUGCCACUUUCAACUACAGCCCAAGAUUAUGACGUGAGCGAAAUCCAAUGUUCAUUUGCAACCACCACUUCAAGUACAGCCGACAUGAUAACGGCACGAUUAAAGAAACCGGUCGGUUUUAAAGGUUCACCAUUAUUUGCUGAUGAUCGUGGCGUGAAUCCAGAGAUAGACAGGGCAUGUUCGAUACGACCCGAAACUGGUGAUCCGGAAAAUAUUGCAUAUGUACUGAAAAUAACCGAUCUCUCACGGUGCGGCGUACUCAAACGCAAUGGCUUUGUUCAUGUACGAAUCUGGUUCCCACAAUUUCCCGGCGUAGUAAUGCAGAGCGAUCAAGAGCUUAUUAUUAUGUGUAAGCCACCAGAGCCAACCGUCAUCCAAAAUAAGGCGGCCGGGUUUGCUGGAUCAUUUCCCGGCGGUGCUCGCGUUUCAGGUGUGGUGGAAGAGACUCCAGGUCGAUUGGAAUACGAAGUGGCUUUGUAUAAAGAAGCACCGCCAAUCGGCAGAAUAAAUAGCAAUAUGGCAAUGAGCGCCCAUUUGAAAAAUCAAACAAAACAACAACAAGCCAUUAUUAACCAAAAUGAAUUGCCGGUAGAUCAAGCCGUACCUAUUGGAACAAAAUUGCAAUUACGCGCUCGAAUUAGUACACAGAGUGUAUGGAAGUUUGUUAAAUUAAUGGAAGUCACAGUUUCACCCGAUCCAGAUGAUCCACAUGCGUCCGGUUCAGUCGCAUUAGUUCGAGAAGGGUGUAGAAAUCGAGAUUUUGCUUCAAUAAUUCCACAUCAGCCUGCGAGGUAUCGUGAUCGAUCGAAUGAAGUGUUCCUCGACUUCGAAGCAUUUUUGCUCAGUUCAAUGCGCGAAAGAAGUACAUUAUGGAUCCACUCACAAAUUAAAGCGUGUAUGGAGGCCGUCGAUUGUCAGCCUGAUUUUUGUUUAGACUUAUUUGAACCAUCUGGUCAUGGUAGAAAACGGCGUUCGAUAGCCGAUCAAAGCGAUACAAAUCAUACAAAUGGCAUAACGGAAUUUGCAAAGUUCAAAGAAAACAUUGAAUAUUCUGUGAUGUUACCGGGCGAUUAUGAUCAAAUGAAGUAUCAAGACAGUGAUCAAUGCAAGAAUUUCAUACUUAUCUCAGGCCUUUUGGCUCUUUUGUUAACUUUGUCAACGAUAUUGUCUUGUGCGCUUGUUUCGAAAAUUCAAAAUGUCAGUCGAAAGACCAUAGAUGAUUACGUUCCAUCAAAGGGCUAUGCUGGUCGUGCGGUGCUUCAAUAAUACUAUAAAUGCCUAUUAAUUUUAUCGAAUAAGAACGAACAAUAUGAAUUUACAAAAUGUUCAUACAAAUUUAUUUUAUAAGUAUAAUUUCAUAAAAAGGAAAAUUAGCAAAAGAAAAAUGCCUGAUUAAUUUAAAUCGAUGUGGAAGAUGUUUUCCGAAAAAUUAUAGACUGUAACCCCUUUUUUGCAUUUAGAAAUGGAACGAAGUAUUCAUUAGAUCUUGUAGCUCUCGUGAUUAUUUAUUUUAGAAAGCAUUUAUUACAUUCAUUGCGAAACUAUUUCACACUGACAUUUUUUAAACAAAUAGAAAAUCAAACAUUUCAUCAUCAAAAUAGAAUUUAUACUCUAGUUCUAAAAACACAGUAGAUUUUAGACUCGUUUUUUUUUUCAUUCAAAAAUCAAACGAAAACAACUUACAAACAUUUUAAAUGAAUUUCAAAUGCGCAAAAUAAAUGUCGCACAAAAAUCCUUCAUUAACCACUACAUUGACAUAAGAUGUAAGCAUUAAAUAAGAAAA